AUGAAGGCCUAUUAUCGAGCAGGACAGGCUGCCUCAAAACUGUCCAGGAAAUCCAUUGCGGAAGUCUAUGCACGCUCUGGUAUUUUUGCAUGUGGCAGCAGUUCAGAACUCCUACAGUUAUUAGAAGAAACUCUUAAUUCCUCCAAAAAAGCCAAUAUAGAAAUUGCAGCAGCAUCAUUAUCUUCAACCAGCAUAUCCGUUACUAGCAAGUUAGAGCAGGAAUAUGCCAAACUUGGCUCUAAUACCCCCUAUACGUACAAAGUGACAAAGGGAACGCAAGCUAAUAUCGUGGAGGUCACCAUACAUGACAAAUGUGAAAAUCAAAAGGGAACAGGGAAAAAGUCUAAACAAGAGAAAGGAUCAAAGGAAAAUCUAGUACAUAUUGCAGGAUUGGCCCAGUUGGAAGAACGUUUAAUGAAUGAAGUACAUGAAAUGUGGGAUAAAGGUGAAGAGAGAGAAAACAAUAAGCAGAAAGGUAAUAACCAUGAAAAGGAGAAAAAGGUAGAAGAAAAGCGAAGAACUAAGGUAGAAGAGAUAGGAAGACUGGAAGAGAAAAGCUUCACUAAUGAGUACUUCUUGGAGUGUUUACAUAGAGCGAGAAGAGCAUAUGAGGAGAGGAACUUCAUGAAGGCAGUGAUUUUGUUUCAACAAUGCUUGGAUGUCUAUAGUCUUGAAAAUGUACGACGAUGUUCUGCAGCUGAGCCCCAUUAUGAGCAAACUCUGCAGUUUCUGGUUGCAGCAACUGCUAUCAAAGGUGAGCCUGACCAGCCCUUGGAGGCCAUAAAAAUUAUGGAGUCACUACUCAAACAUUCAAGCCUCUUCCGUAAUUCUCCUGCCGUUUAUUACUUCCUAGCCUUCGGAUACAGCAAGAAGUUUAUGUAUCAGUGCCGGAAUAAAACAGAUAUAGCAGAUGCAUUCACAAUCAUAUCUUGUAAGCAAAGUUAUCAAUUGGCAACAGUAUACCAAGAAAUGUGGUGA